CAACCUUUUCCUCACGCUGCUGGAUUGUUGCUGUGCGUCUCAGGGUGAGAAACAGAAGUGCAGUGAAACUUAACUUUAUUUAUGUCCACUUUAUUUUUUUUGACAAGUUACCUUUAAACAGCAUAAAGUUACAUCUGUUGUUGUCCAGGGUGUCGCAAGCGUCAGCUGCCCCCCGUUAGCUGUUAGCUUGUUAGCAGAGUCUGGAUUAGUCCGUUUAUUUCACCGUUGCAGCUAAAUAUGCCACAGUAGCAGUUUUUCCCUGACAACCCUAUGAGUAAAAGAGCAAGGACUGUGGGGAAGGUGUGAUGGAAAAAUCAGCGGAGGACAAGGAAAAGGGGACAGAUGUGGCUGUGAAGGGUCAAGCUGCCAUUAGACCACAAUUCCUGACAACCAAAGAAAAAUUUCAUGGGUUUAUUGACUCUGAGUGGCAGGGCUCAAAAGGAGAAAAGGCCAGUGAUAAUGACACAACUGAGGAGGCAAAGGAGAUCUGUGUGGAGGAACCAGAGGCUAAAAAGCUCAAACUAGACACUGAAGAAAGGACUAAGGCGGGGAAGCAAGAUGGUAAACGCCUUCGAGGACAAAAUAAGUCAAGACCGCACACUAAGCCUACUGCAUAUGAUGAAAAGCGACUGUGUCUCUCAGUCAUUCAGGCCAAUAGGGAAUGUCCCUUUGGAGACAAAUGCCACUUUCAUCAUGACGUCGCUGAGUACAUGGCCUCUAAGCCUGCUGACAUCGGGCAAAGCUGCUACCUCUACGGCACGUUUGGAAAGUGUGCUUAUGGUCUCUCCUGCCGCUUCGCCAAGGCGCACACGACACCUGACUUCAAAACCAUGGAGAACACAGAUCUAGUUAAGGCUCGUGAAGGCAGGAACCCGGUGAAGAACAGCUUGAGUAAAGACCUCCAGAAUCGUCUGAGGAAGCGCUCGGUGGCCUUCAAAAAGUCAGAAGAGUACCUGAAAACACUUUCAAACAACAGAGACAAGAAAGAGCAGCAAGGGAACGGUAAAGCUUGUGUAGCUGAAGUAUCUCCAAAUCCAACAGUCGGGGAGCAGCUAUUGUCUACUGAAGCAGAGACACAGCUGCAGUCCAGCCCUGACAAACAGCCUCCAGUGAAGACUGUUGGCCCACUGACUGAUGCAGAUGUCAUCAAGUUGCGCCCAUGUGAAAAGAAACAGGUGGACUUUCAAGACAAGCUCUACCUUGCUCCUCUAACAACUUGUGGAAAUCUGCCUUUCCGUCGCGUGUGCAAGCGUUUUGGUGCAGACAUCACCUGUGGGGAGAUGGCCAUGUGCACAAACCUGCUGCAGGGGCAGCAGUCAGAGUGGGCCCUCCUCAAGAGGCAUGAAAGUGAAGAUCUUUUUGGCGUCCAGGUGGAGGGCUGCUUCCCCGACACCAUGACAAGGUGUGCAGAGCUUAUCAACAACAACACUGAUGUUGACUUUGUGGACAUCAACUCUGGAUGCCCCAUUGAUCUUGUCUACAAGAAGGGCGGAGGCUGCGGCUUGAUGACACGCACCAGAAAGUUUGAACAGAUAGUCAAAGGAAUGAACUGUGUCCUUGAUGUCCCUUUAACAGUCAAGAUCCGCACUGGUGUUCAGGAGAAGAGCAACAUAGCACACAAACUCAUCCCAGAGAUGAAAAAAUGGGGUGUCUCCAUGAUCACCUUGCAUGGCCGAUCCAGAGAGCAGCGCUACACCAAAUUAGCUGACUGGGAUUAUAUCACCACCUGCUCCGAGCUGGCUAGUCCUGUCCCACUUUUUGGAAAUGGAGACAUUCUGUCCUAUGAAGAUGCCAUGAAAGCGAGAGAGACCGGAGUUUCUGGUAUAAUGAUUGCAAGGGGUGCUCUCAUUAAGCCUUGGAUCUUCACUGAGAUAAAGGAGAGCAGACACUGGGACAUCUCGUCCAGUGAGCGACUGGACAUCCUCAGGGAUUUCACCAACUUCGGUCUGGAGCACUGGGGCUCCGACACUCGAGGCGUGGAGAAGACCCGCACCUUCAUGCUGGAGUGGCUGUCCUUCAUGUGCAGAUAUAUUCCUGUGGGCUUGUUGGAGCGAGUGCCUCAGAAAAUCAAUGAGCGACCUCCGUACUACAUGGGCAGAAACUACCUGGAGUCACUGAUGGCGAGUCAAAACGUUGGGGACUGGGUCAGGAUUAGUGAAAUGCUUCUGGGUCCUGUACCGAAGAAUUUCAACUUUUUGCCCAAACAUAAAGCAAAUGCCUACAAGUGAUUUUCUCUUUGUCAGGUUUUUGAUUAUAUUGUUUCUUUUUUUUCUUGGCUCUGGAGAAUAAGACUUAAAGAAAGAAAAACCUAAUGUGUUUCAAACGAUGAAGACUGUUUAAUAGUCUGUUUAUUUGACCUGUGGUGCAGUUGUAGAAUACAUGGCUGUUUGUGUACUUGAAAUAUAUGCAAUAAAGUCUUU